GCCGGAUGCUAUGACAGUCGAGUUAUUUUAAGUCGGGCAUCUCCAAGGACACAUAUUUCCCGGGUCCUCCAUAGGAAGCGGCUCGCGGAAGGUGCGCACGCCAGCGCCCGCUCCGUCCCGUCUCCCCGGCCGCUGCUGCCCGUGCCCCUCGAGGCCGCCUACGCGGCUGGACUGCUGCUUCCAGUGUCCGUCCCGAGCGAAGGCACUGACUCGGUGUGUGCCGUGCGGCCUUAUUCCCCUUCGCGGACCUGUUUCCGGGAUCACAGAAACCCGCGCCGGCUUUAAUGUUCCCGCACAUGUGCUGUCCGGCGAUUGGACUCUCUGACGCCAGGGGUCCACGCUGUCUGCCUUCGAACCGAGCUGGAACCAGCCGGUUGCCGCGACAGGGGGCCCCGGCCUUUUCAGGUCUCCUGCCUGCGCCGCCUGGCAGCCACAUUUUCUCUCCCAAGUUUUGCAAGGGAGCAUAGAGUAGCCGCGGGCCAUCUUACACGUGAGACUGCUGAUUUUAUUACAUCUUGGAGGCAAAGAUGCCUGGGAAAAGGCCCCUGAAUGCAGCGGUCAUCCCAAGUGCCAAAAGGGAACGGAAGGCAAUUACGCUUGACAUAAAAUUGGAAGUGUUAAGACGAUUUGAAGUGGGUGAAAAGCUCAGCCAGAUCGCAAAGGCCUUAGGCCUCGCUGUUUCUACAGUGGCUACAAUCCGAGAUAAUAAAGAAAAAAUCAAAGCGAAUUCACAAAUCGCUACUCCCUUGAGAGCCUCCCGGUUGACUCGCCAUCGAAGUGCAGUCAUGGAGACCAUGGAGCGCCUGCUACAUGUGUGGCUCGAAGACCAGAGCCAACGAAACGUGCCCCUGAGUGUCACCAUUAUUCAGGAGAAGGCUAAGAGUUUGUUUGAUGACCUACAGCGUGAAAGAGGCGGAAGCUCUCAAACAGAAAAGUUUAGUGCAAGUAAAGGGUGGUUUGUGAGAUUCAAGGAGCGCCAUUGUUUGCCCCACUUCAAGAUGAACAGCACAGCUCCUGGCAACAAGGAUGUGUAUCUAGAAGCACUGAGAAGCAUCAUUGAAGAAGGGGGGAAAACCUACUUCAUCUCUCGAGUAUCUGAAGAGCAGCCUUGCAGUUAUUUGCGGAAGGAAGUGUGUGUGCGCACGUGCCGGCACCAGGCCCACAGCCAGCCGUCCCGCACCGAUCCUGCGGCCCUCCGGUGUCUUUAGGCAUAGAGCUGCAGUCUGUCAGCCUAUCUGAAUGGCAGCUGGGUGUGGAUGACGUAUAAAGACACCUCCUAAAGCAGAAGAUGCCUUAUGUUCUCUGGCCCAUUUGAGACCCUGGUCACAACUAGAUUAUAGCU